AUGUUGAAAUUAUUGAUUCUACAAUUAAUCAUAUCAAUCGCUUAUGCAACAUCAGACUUAAAAGACAAAUGGGGUACUUUAUGGCAAUUUCAAGGUAUAGCAACAUUUGCACAUUUAGAUCAUUUUCAAUGUUUAGUUGAACCAGAUCAAGAUUUCGAUAUUGGAAUUAUAGGCGUACCUUUUGAUACCGCGGUAUCAUAUAGACCAGGUGCAAGAUUUGGUCCCAGAGCUAUUAGAGAUGCAUCACAACGUCAAUAUAGCUUGAGGGGGUAUAAUCAUAGAGCUAAUUUCAAUCCUUACAAGUCUUGGGCUAAGAUUAAUGAUUGUGGUGACAUACCUGUUAGUCCAAUGGAUAAUAAAUUAGCUUUUAAGCAAAUGGAUUUAGCUUUUGAUGAAUUAUUAUCUAGAAAUUCAGUAGUCGAUUCGAACUUACCACCAAGAUUAAUUGCUUUGGGAGGUGAUCAUUCUGUAUUAUUACCACAUAUUAGAGCAUUAUAUAAAGUAUAUGGGCCAUUAAAUAUAUUACAUUUUGAUGCUCAUUUAGAUACUUGGAAACCUGAUAAGUAUCCUUCUUAUUGGAGGACUGAUCAAAGUGAUUUAAGUCAUGGAUCAAUGUUAUGGCAAGCUAACGAAGAAGGAUUGACAACAAAAAAAAAUGUUCACGUUGGUAUAAGAACUAAAUUAUCAAGUUUAGAAGAUUAUGAAGAUGAUGAUUCACAAAAUUGGGUAAGAAUUGAAUCAGAUGAUAUUUGGUUAAAAGGACCACAAUAUGUAAUAGACAAGAUUUUGAAUACUAUUCCCAAAGAUACCCCAACUUAUAUAUCAGUAGAUAUUGACGUACUUGAUCCAGGCAAUGCACCAGGUACUGGUACCCAAGAAUCUUCAGGUUUAUUACCAAGAGAGCUUAUUCAUUUAUUAAGAUCUAUUGAUGAUUUGACUAUCGUUGGUGCAGAUAUUGUUGAAGUUGCUCCAGCUUAUGAUAUUUCUGAAAUUACCGCUUUAAAUGCUGCUCAAGUUGUAUUUGAAUUAUUAACAAGUAUGGUCAAAAAGGGUAAAGUUGAUAAAGAUCUAGUGAAUAAAGAAGUUAAAGUAUUUAAUUGA